GUUUUGCUUAUUUCACACUUAAACCAGCAAAUAGCAACGUUGCUAUUAAUACUAGUUAUUUUCCUCGUAUUUUGCCAAUUUACACGUAGUGUUUUUAUGAUAUGUGGAGUGUAAAAGCUAAGAAAAUCUGCUAAAAUAUUAUUAAAUUGUUAGUGAAAUUAGUUCCUUUUACAAUUAGUGUACACAAGUAAAAAAAGAUGUUUGCAAAUUUGAAAAACAAAUUAAUAGAAGAGGUGAAGGCGUCUCCGUCGAAAUUCCAACAAUUUGCGGCUGCUGUCUCGUCGUCGGCCAGUACAACCCCAAGUGGUUCGGAAUCAACUACGACAACGACAACUAACGAAAAUUUCUUUAGCAUUACAGAAGAAGAUACACCACAAAAUUCGCCAUAUAAACCUCUGAAACUACCACCUGGUUCCGUAAGCGGGCGAACAUAUCAUAACGGACCUACCGGCGGUGCUAUACCCCGUACACGAAAACUCUCUAACUCAUCAAUGGCCAGCGAUGUCUCUUUCCGUUUGCCCACCUAUGAUUCACCACCUGUGUACCAUCUACAAUCAGAUUUGGAGUCUAAUUGCAGUGAGCUAGAAGAUACAGCUUCUACCGCAAAACUGGACGUGGUAACUAAGGAACAACUAUACGAUGCUUAUAAAAAAUCAUUGGAUCGUUACCACAAAUAUCGAAGCCGAUAUACAGAUUUGGCUAAAAGAUAUAAAGAUUUGGAACGUGACAGUACCAAAGCUCGGUCCGUGCUUGUGGAGACCCAGGAGAAGGCUAUACGUCGCAUCAGUGAAUUACGUGAGCAAUGUUCGUUAGAGCAGCAAGCAAAGGCGCAUCUCGAAGAGGCUUUGCGCAUGGAAAUGGAUGAUAUGCAAUGUAAAAUGCAAGCAUAUCAAACUAAAUUAAAAUUACUUGGCGAAAAUCCGGACAAUUUGUCUGCAAUUCUAUUAACAUGUGAGUCCAAUAAUACAACUGGCGGAGCGUCACUUAUAGAUUUGGAUGAUAACAAUAGUAAUACCAACAUAGAAGAUUCAGAAGAUUUGAGUGAAAAGAAAAUAGUAGAUAAUCUGGAAUGUUUGAAAAAUGGACAAGAUUUUCCACAAAUGGAACAACUGAAGAAAGAGUUGGAUGAUCGGCAACGCAAAAUCGAAGAGCUGAUGACUAAAAUGUCGAGUGCUGAAGAUACAAUAUCACAAUUACGUAAGCAAGAAGAAGAAAACGCGUUGUUAUUGGCUCAAACAAAGCAGGCUAUUCACUCCGAGUUAGAAAACAAGGAAAGUGAAGUAAAGAAGCUAUCAAAUAAAAUCAGCGAAAUGCAAAAGGACCAGCAAGAUGCUGCAAAAAAAGAAAAACAAUUAAGCGCUCAGUCGAAUGAACUCAAUGAAUUGCAUGAGAAGUUAAAGAAUCUGCAUAUUGCCAAACAAGAAAGUGAUGCUAAACUAAUUGCUUCGGAACACAUGCUGGGACAAAUGAAAGAACAGCUACUUGUAAAGGAUAAUGCAAUAAAAGCUUUUGAACAGAAAUUGUCGAAAGGGCUCAAGGACAGCGAACAGAAAUUGGAUGAGUUGCGACAGCAAAAUGCACAAUUGAACGAAAUGCUACAGCGAUAUCAACAAAACGAGGUGUCCCUUGCCGAGAUCGAUAACGAAUUGAACAGAACGAAAAACGAAAAUGACAACCUUAAAAUAACAAUUGGCGAGAAUGAACGAAAACUACACGAACUCGAAGAAGAAGUACGUAGCCAAAAGGAGCAAAUAGAACGUCAUCAAAAAGAGCGUACAGCCGAAGAGAAUCGUUGGAAGCUUAUGUCUGCUCGAGAGGAUGAAUUAACUAAGCUGUGGCAAGAAGUGCAAGCGGAUAAUGAAGUACAAAGACAAAUAGUAAAACGUUUAGAGUCGGAAUUAAAAAUAUCAAAUGAGCGAAAUCAGCAUAAUGAGAGCGAAACGAUUGUUGCACUCAAAGCAGAAUUACACAAGGCCAAUGAAGAGCUAGGCGAGAAAGCAAACACUUUAAAAGAUCAGUUAGCUGUUAAGGAAAAAGAGCUAAAGUCGAGUCUAAAUAAACUAGCAAAACAGAAGAAACAAUUUGACAACCAACAAAGUCGAAUACGCGAUCAAAGCGGUGAAAUUGAAAUGCUACGAACUGAAUUGAAUCAACAUGAACAACAUUUAAGUAAUCUCCAGAAUGAAUCGCAAGCACGUGAACAGGAGUCCGAAGCGGAGAAAGCUAAAUUAAAGGCCCAAGUUCAAUCUAUAUUACAAGAUAUAGCGCAAAUUCAAGAUGAAAUGCGAGUUGUGAAGGAAUCUCACGAUGAGUUGGAAGUGGAGAAGCUGAAACUCGAACAAAGGAUUGAAAAUAUGCAACGGGAAGCACAGGAUGCUAGUGACGGCACUCAACAUUGGCGAGAUCAAUUGGUUGAUACUGAAGACAAACUACGCCUUAUAGAGUCAAAGUUGCAGAAAGUCGAGACUGAAAAUUCACAAGUAGCCGAAAGGAAUUGCUUGCUAGAAGAGCAGAACAAUCGUUUUGAAAAACAAUUGGUCGAGCGCGAACGCCAAAAGGACACCGAAGAGGCAAAUGCAAAUGAGCUGCGUUUGAAGUUGGAUGGCAAUGAGACGACUUUGCGUAAAUUAAAUGAAAAAAUGUCAGAAAUACUGGAUGAAAAUUCUCGUCUGCACAAUACACAAGAGUUAAUGGAUCACGACUAUCGGACUUUGCAAGAUAAAUUUAAUGCGUUGGAGAAAGAAAAGUUAAUGGCAGAGGAUGUACAAAUAGGUUUACAAGAAGAACUGGAACAACUGCGAGAACACAAGUUGGUAUUGGAAAAUAAGUUGCGCGAAGCCGUUGAGCAGCUUCAGCAAACCGAGGAGAAAUGUGCGGAACAAAAGAAGAAUACUGAAGCAAUAGAAAAAGAACUGAAGGAGAUGGUAAUAGCUCGAGAACGCUUGGAAAAUCAGAAUCAAGUAAUGAGUGCAGAACUAAAUGAACUUCGGGCUGUACAGUCGGAUGAUGAAAAAUUGCACAAUUUGAUGUGCGAACAAAAACGACGUAUCGAAGAUUUAGAACACGAAUUGAUUGAUAGAGAAAAAUCCGCAAAAGCGAAUAUUGAAAUUGUAGAUAAAGAGAAUAAAAAUUUGAAUGAAAAAUUGGGUACAUUGGAAGCAAGUAGAGAAGAGUUAGAAGUCACAAAGAAAGAAAGCCUUCUUUUAAAAAAGCAAAAUGAAGAGCUAAAUCGAGAUUUGUGUAUUUUGAACACAGAACUGAAACAAAGCCGGGACAGUAGCCAAGAACUUGAGACACAAUUGACGCAGUUGAAGGCAUUGGAGCAGGAAAUCACAGAAAAAGAACACAAAGCAUUAAUUGAUGAAAUUAAUAAAUUGAAAGAGGAAUCAAAAACGCAUAUUGAAGAAGCGCGAAAUAGGGCGUUAGAAUUGGAAGCAUUAAGACAGAAGUUGCAGAAUUCAAGCGAAAUAAAUGAAAAACUUGAAAAUACCGAGCUAGAGCUUCAGAAAAUGCUAGAAUUAGAAACGAAGUUACGCGUCGAUGCUGCUAAUGACGCCGAAUUGGCCAGUAAAAAAAUCCACGAGCUUGAAGAAAAUUUGUACACUGCCAAGAGCGAUAUUGAACGAUUGCACGAAAGCAAUGACGCUAUUCAAGUGGAGAUGGAUAAGUUACAAAACAAAAAUGAGCUACAGGUGCAGAGUUUAGAAGUAACAAUGCAACAAUUGAAAGAACACAAUGAAAAACUUCAGCAACAGUUUGCGAGUCAAAAGGUUGACGGCGAAAAACUAGCUAAUUUCGAACAAUUGCAAAUUGAAAACGAGUAUCUAAGCAAACAUGUGAAGCAAUUGGAAACCGAACUGACGGCACAACGCACAGAAGCGUCCAGUCAGUUGCAAGAAGGGCAAGACCUGCAGGAGAAACUAAAAUCACUGCAAUGCGAACUUUAUGUGCUGCGCGAAAAUACUGAAAAACACGAUGCACAACUUGAGGAGAAACAAAAAGCAAUUGAUAGUGCUGAGAAUGAAAGUAAACAAUUGCGCGAAAUGCUGACGAAUGAACAUGCCGAGUUGGAACGUCAAAUAGUGCACGCCAAGUAUAUUACUGAGCAAAAUGAUGCUAUACAAAGUGAUUUAUUACAUAAGCAACAUCAAUUAACCGAAGUUGAACAACAAUUGCAUGAUGUUAAAGCUGAACUCGAAGCGGUGAACUCCAAACACGCCGCAGACAUUGUCAUUAAAACAAAAGAAAUCGAUUCCUUGCGUGCGGAAUUACAACAAAUCACAGUUGAACUCAAUGCAAAGGCGCAGCUUCAGGAGGAAUUGGACGCUUUGCGUGUUGAACUGACGGAACAUAACCAAGUAAAAGAACUCUCACUGUCGCAGGCAACUGUCGAAAAUGGACAAAAAACAGUUUUAGCUAGUGAUGCCGAGAAUUUGCGACGCAUUAAUGAAGCCUUACAGCGUGAAUUGGAAGAUCUAAAGCAUAAAUCAACGUCGGAAAUCACCGAGCUGCAACAAGAGAUUGAAGAUAUGCAAAGUAAUGCGAGACAUAUGACUGAAAAAUUGGCAGAAGUUGAAAAAUUACAUAGCGCCUUGACGACACAACAAGUGUUGGCGAACGCGAAUGCUGACCAAGAAUCUCUGCAGGCUACUCGUGAAAUUGCCAGAGGUGGGGAAAUAUCUAGCUUGAAAGCGGAGGAGCUAUUGCAGCGAGAAAAGGCCGAGUUGUCGGCGAAAUUACGCGAGAUUAUGAAUGAAGUGCGUGAUGUGUCUGAACGUAACCUUUUCCUUGAGCAGCAAUGCGAAAACUAUUUGAUAUUGGAACAAUCAAACGAACGUUUGAAGCUGCAAAAUGCCAAACUGUCACGUCAGUUAGACGAAACAUUGGUGUCAAUGCAACACAAUGAAGGCAUUACAGCGAAUACGGAAUUCGAGUACUUAAAGAAUAUUAUGUUUCAGUAUUUAACGGGAUCUGCCAAUGGCAACAACGAAACGCUUGUCAAAGUGAUAUCGGCUGUUCUGAAAUUCUCACCUCAACAAACUCAAGUUGCUCUUGAAAAGGAGCACCAGCGACGUUCAUUGAUAAACAAAAUUCUAUAGCAAGAAUUGGAGCAAGCCUACGCAGCUACAUGGUGGUAGCAUUAACAUUGGUUUGCCACUCGAAAAUAUAUUAAACUAUUAAUAUUUCUAAAACUACCAAAUGUUCACAAAACACUUGAUUGGUAGCAAGCAUAUGUACUGCGUACACAGAUCCUUAAGGAGUGCUGCUUUAGCUUCUUACCCGUAUUAGGCAUUUGGUAUAAAUUGGGAUUGCUAAUUUAAAGUUAAUGAUUUAUUUUCGAUUUUAGCUACCGAUAACGCAUUUUAAGUGUAUAAAAAAAUAUUCUUAACAGAAUAAUUCAAAUAAGUACCUAUGUAUAUCGGCAGUUCGUAAUAUGUUAUGACAUACGGGCGUAAUGCGAUUUAAAUAUGUGUAAAUUGUAAUAAAAAAGUAUAAAAAAAUAAACUGUACGCCAAUUAAAA